AUGGCGUCGUCUUCAUCUCUCCUCCUUUCCCCUUUCUCAUCUGCAAUCGCCACAGAAAACCAAUGUCAACUGGGCUGCAACUCCAGCGCUUCAACUUUCAUCCACAACCCGAAGCUCUUAUCCGCGGCGAAGCCCCGGAGAAGCUACUCGCGGAGGUGCGGGUUCAGGUCUCCGGUGGCUCGGAAAUCUCUUGACCACAUACCUAAGCAGUUCAGAGGAGAAAAUCUCAAAGAUGGAUUAAUGGAAAAUUACAAGAAUGUACCUGAGUUUCUCUAUGGUCUUACACCCCCACAGAUGGAUAUGUUCAUGAAAAAGCAUAGUCCCAUCAACCAACUAUCGGCAAACGUGAACGAGGAAACCCUUACAGCUGCGCACAGUUACCUGAAUGGUGCUGGAAUGAGUAGACUCUCUGGAAGUAUGAAUCCAAGCAUGAGUGCAAGCAUGAGUAUAACCAUGCCUGCUAUGUUACCUGAAGAUGAUGAUGAUGAUAAUGAUGCUCCUGAUUUGCCGUCUUUGAUUUUAGAUUCCCGCGUUGUCUAUUUGGGCAUGCCUCUUGGGCCGUCCGUGGUUGAACUUAUUGUUGCACAACUUAUGUAUUUGGAUUAUAUGAGCGGAACUGAGCCGAUACAUCUAUACAUCAACUCAACGGGUACCCUGAAUGGGAACAUGGACAUUGUCGGAUCUGAAUAUGGCGCAUAUGCGAUUGCUGACUCUAUAGUUUCUUGCGAAGCUAAGGUGUAUACCCUAAAUAUAGGACAGGCACUUGGCCAAGCUGCAAUGUUUCUGGCUCUUGGAAAUAAAGGCUGUCGUGCAGUGCUGCCAGCGACAACCACACAAUUGUACCUUCCGAAAGACCCCAGAGCAAGUGGAGUUGCCACUGACAUGUGGGUUAAGGGGAAAGAGAUAGAUGUACUGACGGAUAUUUACCUGGGGUUCUUGUCCUAUGGAAUUGGGAAGUCCAAGGAAGAACUUAAAAACGACAUGAAACAGAGACGGUCUUACACUUCACAAGAGGCCGUCGACUAUGGCAUUGUCGACAGGAUCGUGUACACCAUGAAGAAACCGAAGCCAGGCGAGUUGCUGGCUAAGCCGAAAGCAUUUGGGCAGUCAGCAUAUGGAGCGGGGGUGUCCAAUGCCUGA